ACAUUUUUUUUCACAGUAGAUUCUUCAGCGCUAUCUAUUUAUCAAUUCGUGUUUCUUGAAAGAGAAUCUUCUUAAAACACAGUAACAUAAAUUUUAAAACCUAUUUCAACAUGGUUCUCACAAAAGAAUACAGGAUAUCCAUGCCUAUGACGGUCGAAGAGUAUCGUAUUGGUCAACUGUACAUGAUAGCGCGUCACAGUUUUGAACAGUCGAGCAAUGGGGAGGGUGUGGAAGUGGUGGCCAAUGAACAAGUGAAUGACGAGAUCAAUGGCCACGGCCAGUAUACAGAGAAGAGGAUUCACUUAUCAAGCCAUCUGCCCUACUGGAUACAGUCAAUGACUCCAAAAAUAUUUUACAUCACAGAAAAGGCUUGGAACUACUACCCCUUCACCAUUACUGAAUACACAUGUUCUUUUAUCCCAAAAUUCUCCAUAUCAAUACAAACAAGAUAUGAAGAUAACAAUGGAACAACAGAAAAUUGUCUUGGUUUGACUGACGAGGAACUAGGCAGUCGGGAAGUAGAUUUUCUGGACAUUGCUUACGAUGAGAUCAAGCCACAUCAUUAUAAAGAGGCAGAGGACCCCAAGUUCUUCAAAUCUGAGAAGACAGGGCGCGGGCCAUUGGUGGAGGGCUGGCGAGACACCCAGCAGCCCAUCAUGUGCUGCUACAAGGUCGUGCACGUCAAGUUCGAGGUGUGGGGCCUGCAGACGCGGGUCGAGGAAUAUGUGCAGGGCGCGAUACGCGAGAUACUCUUGUUGGGUCACCGACAAGCGUUUGCGUGGAUGGACGACUGGUACAACAUGACUCUUGAUGACGUUCGGGCUUAUGAGAAAGAUAUGCAAGCCAAAACUAAUAGUAAGCUGAAAGCUGAAGAAGCGGCCCCCGCGACCCCGUCAGACCCCAAAAAGUCGCCGUCUUCCAAACCACAAACGCCGAAGACCCCCCAGAGUGCCAGCUCCACGCCCACAGAACCACGGUCUUGGUUUACCUGGUCUUAAUAGGUAAGUAAAUA